AGUGGUGCAAGCGACACUGGCCGCAGGUAAAGCUGAGUGGCCAGGGCGGAGUCCGAGAUUUUGCAUGGGAGAGAUGGAGCUUGGAGAAAGAAAUUAGACAGAGGGGAGUUGUUAAGAAAGCGCGUUGAGCGUGAGAUGCUGGAUCCAUAGGAAUAGUCAGUCUUGCGAGAGUUCCAUCAACGCGGCGUUGUUCUCGGGAGUGAAGAGUGUUUUGGACGGGACGACCGUUGGACCGGUGCCAAUGUCUUCACCUCUCCGCAGCCUUGUUGUUCCAGAAUCGUGUGUUCGUCUGCUGACUUCAGAACGAGCGGCCGCGGCCUCGGGCCGUAAUUGCAGAUUGCGGGGUAGAAGUUCAAUGGACAAAGCGAAGAAAGGGAUUCAGAUCAGGACCGAAUCUCGACACCUUGAGCAGGGAGGGAGGUCUUUGAAAGUGCACAUCAGGCGCAAGUGACAAAGUGACAGGCGAAGCCGGGAUGAUCCAAUUACUUCUGAAGAUGUGAUGUUCGUAAUUGCAGUGGUGCCUGGAAGAUUGGGAGUCGGUCGAAUCCAGUUUGGAGCAAAGUAGUUGGAAUUCGAGAACAAUCAUAAUCUGUUGCCCACAGCCUGCGUGCAUAGUAGGGAGAGUGCAAAACGGGUCGACGGCGGGUCUCAAGCCCCUAAUCUUUAGCCUUGCACAUCUGUUCAACUCAAGUUCGGAGUGUGCACACAUUGUUGCGAUAUUGAUUCAAUAUCAAAAGCGAGUGUGCUUGUAGCUCGCAGGCGAAAUAUUAGCAUCACUGUCAACACGGAAGUCUACAGCAGUUAAGCACUUGUUCGCUAGGUUUAGAAUUAUCAUGGGAUUGAGCUAUCACAUACCCCAGAAGCGUUAACUAUCGGUGGGGAGAUUGUUGAAUUGUAGCCUUCUUCCUCACGUUUGAGGAGGACCGUCUACUUCGUCCAUCAUGGAUUCCCCAGAUGAAAGAGAUGUCGGGACCGUCAUCCUUUCUAUCUCGAGAGCUAUCCAUGACUCGAAACAGAUGGCUAAAGAGAUUUCAGUCAGUAAGUCCAAUUUUCUCAUGCUGGCAUUUUACUUGGGUGAACUGCAAAUGGUUGUGGACGAACUGAGCAACAAUGACUCGCAAUUUCUUAAUUCCCUCCCAAUAAGGUCGGAGCUUAGUCAGCUGGAGGACGUGACGGAUACAAUCUACCGAUUCACCAGAGCGUGCGCAACCAGGAGUCGCAUUUUUUUGCUCUACAAAGUCGCCGACUUGCUGCAGAGUAUUAGACAGUUGGUCAAGAAUCUUGCGAAUGGUUUGUCGGACCUGACUGAUACACUGCCCACGGAUCUGAAAGAAGGAUUCUCUGAAGUCCAGGAAAAACUGUAUAGAGCUUCUUUCUUCAUGGAACCUGGUCACCAACAACUGAUACUGGAAAUCGAAGAAGGCUUGUCGUCUCAUCAUGUGGACGAGCCAUAUGCAACUAGUCUACUUCGGAAAAUUGCAGAGAUUUUUACCGUGCCUCUAUCAGCAGCUGCAGAGCUGAAAUUAGAAUUGCUACGGGACCUGGAGAAUUCGAAAACUGCACAGGAUGAUCCAGAUCAUAAUGAGUUGCAGGAUCUAUGUGAUUUGUUGAACCCUGCUGCAGUCCUAGCUGAUGUUAGAAGGCUGGCGGUGGAGGACGGUGCAGUUGCUCGCUUCGGAACGCUUCAAAUCAACAGCUCAUUUAUUUGUCCCAUCACCGGUCAGUUGAUGCGGGAUCCAGUAAUGCUGGUGGAGGCUGGGUUCACAUAUGAGAGGGAAGCUAUUUGUGAAUGGUUUGAAAGAGGUCAUAAUACCUGUCCCGAUACGGGCGAGGCGUUAGAGAGUCUGGAGCUGGUGCCGAAUAUAAGUCUCAGACAGGCUAUUACAGAAUUUGUUGAACGUGCCACACGCAAAAGUAUCACCAUGGCGAUUGACAAAAUUCGAGAAUCCGGGGAUGUCUCUGAAGUGGAGGAGGCAAUAGAUAUAAUCAAGUCUCUGAGUGACACCAAUCCAAACUACAGGCGUUUGAUCGCAUCAAUGCAUGGAAUCCCCCCGCUGAUAGUGAUUGUAAAGCAGUACCGUAAAAUGCCUGGAGCUUGGGAGAAAGCUAUGAAGCUACUCUUGAGUAUUGCUUCGCUUGGUGACGAAUAUAGAUUGAUGAUGAAGGACCAUGGUGUGAUCGCCGCUCUUAUUCAACACCUAUGGAAAGCCGAAGUGGAGAAUUCGCUCGGUCUCCUUCUGCUUCAUGAGAUUACGAAGGUUGAAGGAGGACGGAAAGCGAUACUGGAGCUGGAAACGAAGCCUCUCAUCAUUGUUGCUCACGCAGCAAAUGGUGAUUCGCAGGAGAAUAGAUUGGUCGCGGAGAAAAUUCUGGAUAAUCUCUGUCGUGAGAGUCCACAGGUGGCCAUUACGGUUGCGAAAUAUCAAGCAUUUCACCCGUUAGUAAACAUGAUGUCUCCAGGGGAGCCACUUGAGAUCAGGGCUGAAAUGGCAAGAGCGGUUGUUGACCUUAAUCUCAGUGACACCAGCCAUUCUUCUCUAAUAGAUGCAGGGGUUCUUGCACCGCUGUUGGAUCUCCUGCAGAAUGGAACAAGAAGAAGCGAACAGAUCGCUGCUGCAACAGCCUUACUGUCGUUGUCAGCCCGUGAAACCAACCGGGUCGCUCUUUGCAAAGCUGGUGCUAUUCCUGCUCUGGUGAAAUUCAUUGCAGCAGGUCAACAGGAUUUGAGAGAGGCUGUUAUGGGGACCCUAGCCAAUCUGGCUACUGACCAUCAAGCAGCCACUGAAAUUGACCAAGAAGGCGCAGUUUAUCGGCUUAUUGAAAUGUUGCACUUAAAUCAACUAGGUCACGAGUUUGCUCUGAGGACCUUACAAUGUAUGGCGAAGACUAGCAAGACGGUGAGGGUCACGAUGAGAGAACAGAAGUUGGGGCCCUACUUUCUAUCUCUGCUGCGUAACACGAGAGUUUCGACCUCUUGUCGUGCAAUGACGUUAAGCCUCCUGUGCCAUCUUACUGAUGAUCGGGAUUGUCGUUCAUGCAUCAAUCUAUCGAGGAGUGAUCUUGAUAUUCUGCUUAAUUUCUUAGGCCAGCCCCUACAAAUGGAGGAACACGAGUGCAUUUUAGGGGUCAUCGAUGGUGUUUCCAAGGUAGCAAAUGUAGAUAAAACAUCCUUGAAAACCGACAAAGUCCUGUUAGUUCUAGUCAAGUUUCUGGAGGUAGGGAGCAUGCGAUGUCAAGAGUAUGCUGCUUCAGCCCUUUCAAUUCUCAUGAAUCCUAGUGAAACGAGCGUAGAAAGACAGCUAUUCAUAGCCAAGAAUGGGGCAAUACCUCUUCUGACUAGAUUGUUGAGAGAAGGCUCCGUGCGAACGAAGUGCUCCUCUGCAGCAGUGUUGGGGCAUUUGUCGCAAACCACGCCUCAGCUGACGAAGUCGUUGAGCCUUCCUAAGAGAAUAACCUCGUGGUUUGGCAUAAAAUUAUAUCAGCACUGUAGAGUGCAUUCGGGAAAGUGUAGUGUCAAGAGAACGAUGUGCCUUGUCGAGUCUGGUGCGGCGUUGUAUCUCAUCCGUCUCUUGGAAGAAAAGGAGCAACCUGCAGAGAAGGCUUUAGAAGCCUUAGCUACUUUGAUACCGGAGGAGGACAGUGCCAAAGGGCUGGAGUUUCUGGUGAAGAACGACAUCAUACCAUUGCUGAUAGCAGUUUUGGGAAAAACUGACGGUCUAACGAAUAAAGCUGCGAAGAUGAUCGAACAGAUAUUUAGAGAUAGAAGAUACAGAGACGAGAAAUAUUGGCACGGAGCCCAGCAAACACUCUGCCUUAUAAUCGCGACCGGUACAGGGGAUGCUAGGAGGGCUGCAGCUCUUGCUUUGGAACACCUGGGUCUGGUUCCAAGGGGCUCUACUUACACCAACUAAUUUUUUGAUUUGACGAAUUCAUUAAGGCUGGAAUCUGCAGAAGUGUACAGGUUUUUUUAAUUUAUGCUCAACUGAUU